UGCCUUUUUUUAUGUCACCCCCUUGCCUUUGAGCCCAAAAGUAAAUGCGUCAUUUCCAGCGUGACAUAAAAUACAUCAUGUUCCAGUGGGCUGCUCUGGCGGAAAAAAAAAAAGGGGGCCAGCUCUCGUGACCAUUUGUUGCCGCGCUGAAUAAACACAAAGGUGCUGGAGGCGGUCCGCGAAGGUGAGGCCAGGGCGCUGAUCCCGGCCUGCUUUUUGUUUUAAGUCAGAGGUGCUACAUAGCUCCCCCGCUGAGAUAAAAGAUGAUUAAUGCCUCGGAUUGACACGUUUAAUGGCCGCGGGGUGACUGGAGCCACUUCAUUAGGCCGAGCCGGGGCCGUGCUCCACACACACGCGGGGCCAGAAAAGCGAACGCUGGCCUUGUUUUCGGGAGGUUCACCUUUGAAGUGGCCGGCGGGACAACUAGCAUCCUCUACAAAAGCAUGGAAAUUGGAUUAGCUCUCACUCUGACUCCGCAGCAGUGACAUUUAAGGCCCGAGCGAGCUUGUAUAAAUAACAGAGGUGUCGGUGGAGCGAGAGGGACACUCUGGGUCUGGCGAGCCAAGGAGCAGGAUGAGGGAAGCGAGAGCCAUGCACGUAUCCCGACAGUGCCUCUUUCUGCUGUGUGCGCUCCACGCGACAUUGGCGACGGUGCUCAACAAACACGCGGACCACCGGAAUCUGUUCACGCAAAGGGUGUGUUGCAGGCGACAGAGUCACUUUGUCUACAUCGGUCAAGACAUCUCAGGCAGUCCCAUUAGUGUGGACGUGGGCUUGUGCAGGCCGAACUGCGCAGGGGCGGCGGCCAGGCCACCUCACGCGGCCGGAGCUCGGGACCUCGCGCGACACGCAUCCAUGCUGGAGUUCCUCAGGAGCAAAAAACUGAGGAUGCGCGGAGCAGUGGCGGCGGAAGGCGUAAAGCCCCGCAAAACGACACCGUCCUCGUGUGGCACGAACCACGCGUGCCAGCCGACGGGCCUGCGCGUGGACCGGGUGCUCCUGUUCGAAGGCCCCCGCCAAGUGGAGGUCAUACAGGAGUGCCACUGUGAGAUCCAGCCGCCUCAGUGCAUGCGCGUGCCCUCGCUGAGGACCUUCUACUCGGAGACGCCCUACGAGAGCGUCGUGGACGUGGGGGGGUGCUCGCAGUCCAAGGGCGCGCCAGAGGGAUUUUCCUGUGUGCCCACCAAAUUCAAGUCGGCCCUGGUGGAGACCCCCAACAAAGUGGACAUGAUCCAGACGGUGGCGGUCUGCGAGCUGAAGGAGAGCUGCUACCGGGUCCCUUACGUGGAGUACUACUACGAAACGGUGCAGCACGACGGCGGCGUCAAGGAGGAGAGACUCAGGGAAGUGGACGUUGGCAGAUGUAUGGGAGGCUGCACCUCAGGAAAGCGAUGCCUUCUCAGGUACGUACCAACACAGCUGCCACCGACGCACGCGUCCGUGCCAACGGUCAUCACUUCACAAUUGCUUGUGAGCUCCGACACCCUCUCCAGCCACUCUUUGAACUUUCCUCCACAAACACCAAAUGUUCUUUUAAACGCCCCUCGCCUCUUUUCUGGGACUGGACUGAGUGAGUGAAAAAAGGUUGUCAUGGUAUGAUAUUUUGUCUGCUUGAAUGUGCAUGCAUGUGUUUGUAUGCAACUGUUUGAAAAUGACAUUUAUCUCACUAUACUGUGUAAAUACUGUAAAUAUAUCAUUCCCAUUUAGUUCAUCUAACCUUUGAGAGGGUGCUCACUAAAAUACUGGCAGUUUUGAAAGCCGGAAGUAGUAUGUUAUUACGCUAUUUUAUAUAUGUGCUAAAGCUAUCACCUUUUUUUUUAAUUAAUUCGUUUUUGGGGAUAUUAUUGAAUGUACUUGAACAUGGCGAGUCUACUCAGGGUAAGCGCACGGCCGGCAAACGAAAUGCGAAUGGCAUCGUUUCUUCUUUGUCCAGGAGUCCGUCGGACCCCGAAAUCUGCCACUUGUGGGCCGACAAACAAUCCGACUUGUGUGUGCCUCAGGGAUACGAGCGACACAGCUUCCUAAACCAGCACGGCAAGAUUAGCACCAUCCUGUCCAUCGCGUCCUGCCACUGCCCCAACUGA